AGAAAAGUGGAUGCGAGUAGAGAAAAAAGUUUGGUUUUGAAUAAAUCUGAACAUGGCACAAAUACAAGAGCCAGAGGUUCAGUUUGCACAGAGGUUAGCCUCAAACGAGCGGCCCAUCCGUAAAGCUAUUAAGAAACUGAGAAAGUACAUUCACGUCCGCUCUCAGAAAGAUUCAGGAGGAUUUUCAGGUGAUGAUCUGCUUAAGUUGUGGAAGGGCCUCUUCUACUGUCUGUGGAUGCAGGACAAACCUCUGCUCCAGGAGGAGCUUUCAAAGACGAUCUCCUCUUUGAUCCACAGCUUUCACACUGUUGACAACCAGUUUUUAUAUUUGGAGACCUUCUUGCAGACCGUGAAUAGAGAGUGGAAUGGCAUUGACAGACUUCGUAUGGACAAGUUUUUCCAGUUGGUUCGCUUUGUGUUCAGACAAAUGUUUGAGUUGCUUAAGAGGAAAAACUGGGAAAGCAGUGUGGUUGCUAGGUUUCUGGAGCUGCUCACAGCACAGGUCCUGCAGAGUAACAGUGCUGUACCCAGCGGGCUGCAGUUGCACAUCCUGGACCUUUACAUGACUGAGUUGGCAGCUGUGGGUGCAGAUGAGCUCACCGCUGAUCAGAACUUGAUUUUCAUUGGACCAUUUUGUGCAACAGCAGCCAAAACCAAAAAUCGUAUGCUUUUCAGUACCAUCUGCAGCGAAAUAUUCAGCACAGUUAUUGAUCAGGCUCCGUUUGCUAUUGAAGAUCUGAUGAAGGAGCUGAAGGCGGCUGAGGAGAUGGACUCUGAUUCAGGACAGGAUACUGAGGAGGAGGAUGAGAACAGUCGAAAGGAGAAAACAAAAAGCAAACAAGUCAAUAAAAUGUCAGAGAAGAUGAACGGUAAAAAAUCCAACAAAGAAUGUGAUGAUGAUCUUAAUGACUCUGAUACAGAGUUCCCAGGUGAUGAUGACAUGGGACCAUUUCUACAGUUCGACUAUGGUGCUUUGGCAGACAAACUAUUUGAGUUAGCCAGUCGGAGCAGCACACCCAGCCAUAACAGGCAGACACUCUACAAAUUUGUCAGAGUUCUGCGGAACCUCAGUAAAGGCAUUUUUCCUCAGAAUGAGUAUCCAGAGGAGGUUUCCACAGAUGAAGAUGAUGACAUGUUUGGGAGCAGGAAGCACUUGAAAAGGAGAAAAGGUCUCUCAAAGAAAGAGGAGGGGGUUCCAGCAGCAAAGAAGAAAGGGAAGAUGAAAGAAUCAUCCAAAGUUGCUGUGCAACACAAAGAUUCAGCAGAUGGUGACAGUGAACCAGCAAAACCAAAAACAGAUAAGGUGAAAAAGAAAAGGAAGACGAAGAAGAGAAGGGGACCGCAUGGAGGCAAAGGUAGUGCGGAAAAGGCUGCCGAGUCGAAACAAGAAGAAAUUGUUGCUUCAGUUGUAAUUAAGGACUCUGAAAAAGUGGUGGAAACCUCGGCAGAGCAGAAGUGUUCAGAAGUGAUGGAAAAUGAAGCACAACCCGCCACCUCAUCUGAUGUUACAGUGUUGAAGCAUAAAAGAAGGAAAAAGGGCAAGAAAUCUGAGACCAAACAAGUUGAAUUGCAGGUACAUGGAGCAGGAUCGGAAGCCAAACUCAUGCCAACAACUUGUGAGGAAUCAGCAGAAGUAACCUUCUCGAAAAAGUCCCGCUUGCUCCUCAAAACCAGCACUGUAUCUGGCAACAUAAAACCACAAAAGAAGACUAAUAACAACUCCUGUAAGGUCCAGGGGGGUGAAGUUUCUAAACUUGUCGAGGUAGAACAAGGAAGCACAGAAACUGAGAUCAUAUCAGUAAGUGAUGAAAGCUCACAAGUUGAUCCACCUGUUGUGGUUGAUAUGAUGUCAUCAGGGAGGAAAAGCACAAAACUAGUUUUGGAGGCCAAUCACAAAACUGUGGGACUUGAGAUGGAAACUCAAGUUAAUGGACAAAAUUUAAAAGGCUUGAUGUUAGGAGAUGGAACAACCUCCCACCAGACAGAGAUGACUCCAACAACUCUGGCAAAGAAAAAGAGCAAGAAAAAGAACUCGAAGGGUGGUAAUACCCUGAAUGCUGAGGUAGGAUGUACUGAAGUAGAGAUCGCACCAUUUAGGGAAGAAACAUCCCAUGAUACACCAGUUAAAAUAAAAAUGAAGAAGAGGAGCAGGCAGGUCAAACUGUAUCAAAAGGUGGAGAAUUGUGAACCAGUACCUGAAGAUGCACGUGUCGCAGAUACAAAUACUGUAUCAAUGAUGAAGAGAACCCAAAAUGAAGCAAUUACAGCUUUCGAGCCCCACGUGGUUGAAGCUGAGGUCAUUGUGACAACACUCAUGAAGAAGCAGAGGAAGAAGUUAAAAAUAGCGAUACCUCAGAGGAAUGAGGUCCAUUCAGAUGUGGUUUGUGUUGUAGAAGAGAUGCCAAUUAUGGAUGAUAGUCCUGAAUUGGUGUCUCCCUGUGUGGAAAAAGCCAAGAAAAAGAAGAGGAAGAUCCCAGUGGUGUUUGAGUUUGAGGCUGAUGAGAUUGAGGCUGCAUCGACCAACAGUCUUGGAGGAGAGACCGUAACAAAGAAGGCAAAAGUGGCCAGUCACCAGAGUGGUGGAAGACCUUCCACACCACUGAGGAAUCUUAAAUCACCAAAGUCUGCAGGGUCAUCAUCUGAGUUCAUCUCCUUUCAGAACAAAGCCACAGUCCCAACACCGCUGUUCUGCAGGAGCAAAGGGAGUAGCAGCACCCCGUCAUCUGUUAAGAAGAAAAAGGUGACUCCCAAAUCUGAAUCCAAGAAAGUGACCUUUGGUCUCAGUAAAACAGCUGAGUUUAAGAAGAGCGAUCGCAGCUUGCUUGUGAGUCCAGAUGGAUCAUCACGAGUGCCCUUUGACCCUCAGCAGAAGCCCAAGUUUGGGGUUUUAAAGUCUCCGCCCACACCAUUUCCCACCAAAGUCAAAAAGACCCCAAAUACCAGGAAGAGGACACCCAGCACCCCCAAAAGCACCAUGAAGCAGCGACCCACUGCAGCAGACUUCUUCUAAAGACUCUUUGUGGUUACAGACUCGUGAGCUCUGAUCAGUUCGUCAGUUAAACUCCUUUUAAUGGACCCAUUUAAAAAUAAAUUGUUCUUU